AUGCAACUACUGACUGAGUCAGAGAAUAUGAUUUCCAAAAAGCAGAGGAUUUCGAAUGAUGAUUUAUAUCGAAAUUCGACUCAAUAUGGAAUAUGGUCCUUCACUCAAGAUGAGCUAGCGAAAGCAAAAGCCAACGCAAAUCAACUGGGGGUAAUUGCGGCACGAGAAAGAUUUCAAAAAGCUUACAAUAAGGCUAAGAAUGAGAAUCCUGAUUCUUUUGAAAAAUUUCCACAAGAGCUAAAUGAAGAUAUGAUUAGCCUAUUGACACUUGAGGAAGAAUCCACGUAUCUAGAAUUCUAUAUACAAAACAUCACCACUACGUGCAACUUUUUCAAAAUGCCAACACAAGUGAGGCUAACAGCUGCUUCCUUUUUCAAGAAAUUUUACUUGGUCAACUCAGUAAUGCAUUACCACCCCAAAAAUAUACUAUACACCUGCAUUUUCCUAGCGGCAAAAUCUGAAAAUUACUUCAUUUCUAUUGAAUCUUAUGUGAAAGCACUCAAGGGAGUUCAAACGAAGGAUAUCUUGGACUUGGAGUUUAUUGUAUUGCAGAGUUUAAAGUUUACUUUGCUAGUUCAUCAUCCAUUCCGGCCCUUGUACGGGUUCUUUCUUGACUUCCAGGCAAUUUUGUUGAAUCCGAGCCCUGUAAUGUACGACGUAUCCGCCGAUACCAUUGGAAACCUUUACAAUAAAGCAAAAGAGUGGUUAAACAAGUAUUAUAUGCUCAGCGACGUGGCAUUCUUAUUCACUCCUCCACAAAUUGCUUUGGCAGCAAUGUAUGAUUGUGAUCGCAGAAUUAGUGAUAGGUACUUGAAAAGAAAGUUUUUGAAGGAUGACAAAGAGGAUGAGAACACAGGGGUGCAGGACAGUGUGCAACAAAAACGGAAGCAAGAUCAAGUUGAGACGCAUAACACCACAAAGAAGGUCGAAACGGAGCAACCUGAAACUGAGAACGGCUCCUUAUCCAAGCAUACAUCCAAGAGAGAACAAUAUGAAUCCUUGGUACGUACAAUACGGAAAUGUGCCAAAUUAGCCAAGGACUUACCAGUAGCUGAUCGUGAGAAAAGUAAGGAAAUUGAUAAAAAGUGUUUUUUUGCCUUGAAUCCAGGAAAGUUAAUUGACAAGCGUAUCAAAAGAUUAACAACAGAAAAGGCUUCGUAG